UGGAACAUUUGUACCCGUCUGGAAUUUAUUUUUUUGCAUCGUACACGACGACUAUAUGACUGGUGCACGCUAGAAGGCGUCAUUCCAUUGCUAACCCUUACCAGUUGGCAAAGAAAGAUGAUUAGGAAUGCCACUCUUGCCGCCGCCAUCUUUCCCGGCGAGUUGAUCGGAGCAAUUCUGUUAUGGUUACCGGUGAGAUCUGUGUUACGUUUCAAAUGUGUGUGCAAGUCUUGGCUCUCUGUUAUUUCUGAUCCCCAUUUUGCCAAAUCCCAUUUUGAGCUAGCAAUUGCACCCACCCACCGAGUCCUGAAAUUGCUCAACAAUUUCCAAGUCAAUUCCAUAGACGUAGACAAUGAUGAUGAUUCCGCCGACAUACUCUUCAAUACCCCACUACUUCCACCACCACACGCUGCUCCCAAAUACGUAUACAUUGCGGGUUCUUGCAGAGGAUUUAUACUCUUGGAACUCGUUUCGGACUUAAAUUCCAUUCAUCUCGUCGUAUGGAAUCCGUCGACGGGUCUCGUGAAACGAAUUCACCAUGUUAAUCAUUUGAAUUUGUUUGAUAUCGAUUCACAUCUAUGUGGCAUUGGGUAUGACUCGUCAACCGAUGAUUAUGUGGUGGUAACAAUGGCAUGUCAACGACCCGGUAGGGUGGUGAAUUGUUUAUCUUUGAGAACCAAUUCAUGGAGCUUCACCGAGAAGAAACAACUAACUGCUGCUUAUGAUGAUAAUGAAGUCGGACAUGUUACGAGGGAGUUCUUGAACGGGGCCUUCCAUUGGCUCGAAUACUGUAAAGGUCUUGGCUGCCAAAUUAUUGUUGCAUUUGACGUGAGGGAAAAAGAAUUAUCAGAGGUUCCGCGGCCACGCGAUUUACCCGUUGAAUCUGAAGAUAAUUUUAUUUAUGAUUUGAUCUCAAUGGGAGAAUGUCUUUGUUUAUGUUUUGUGCGCUGCCAGAACAGGACUAGAGUGUAUGAAAUGUGGACCAUGAAGGAAUACAAAGUUCAGGCAUCUUGGACCAGGUCAUUUGUUUUUUCUACUAGUUAUUAUUCUUAUCUGUGUUCCAUUUCCCCACUAUGCUUCACCAAAAAUGAAGAAAUUCUGGGAUUGAAAGAAAACAAAUUGGUGAGAAUUAAUGGCAAAGGCGAGGUGUUUGAGCAUCGCCCACGCGACAAUUUUGCUGGGCGGCCUCGUUUACAUGUUAUAUAUACAGGGAGUUUGUUAUCACUCCCUAGGACGACUUUGAAAAAUUAAGCAAGUGAAGAUGAACUUCAAUCAUAGACAAUAAUGGCUGUAUGGUGGAUAAGUGGUGGACGGACAGUGCUCGAACUGAACUGAAUUGGUGGUGAACCAAACUGCACUGGACAAACCAAACUGUUUUUUGAUAAAAACUCAACUGUACUAACUGGUUGUUUGAUUUGUCAAUUUCUAUCAGAAGUAUAUUAUACGGAACUGGUUGAUGAAAAUAAAAAUGGCCAUCUUUGGACCUAU